UGUUCAGCCGUACGCAGCGUGAAGCUCCUCGCGUGGAAAAGUGCUAGUGAAGUCAACGUAAACUGAUUCGAGGUGUUCUACCUACCCAAACCGGAGUAAAUAAAUAUAUAAAUUGCCCCAACGAACGAGCGUUAAGCGUACGCAUUAGUUCAGAUUGGAAAUAGUGCGGCUGCAGGUGUGUGGGGAUAAGAAAGAAAAAAAAAACAACAACAACUGCGAUAAGGAGCGGCUGCUAAUUUGCAUUUACUAAGGCUUUCAAGAUGUUCAUACCGGUGGCCCAAUCCGCAUUCAAAACCCUGCGCAAUGCUCAGCCACGCGUUCGGCUUUAUUUCCUAAGCAAAAAUGGUUACUCCAGUCAGGUGGAGUACAAGCCCAUACGCUCCGUGCUGGUGGCCAAUCGUGGAGAGAUUGCCAUUCGCGUGUUCCGCGCCUGCACAGAGUUGGGCAUCAAGUCGGUGGCCGUGUACUCGGAGCAGGACAAAAUGCACAUGCAUCGCCAGAAGGCCGAUGAAUCCUACAUGGUGGGCAAGGGUUUGCCGCCAGUGGAGGCGUAUUUAAACAUUCCAGAAAUUAUACGCGUGUGCAAGGAGAACGACGUGGAUGCAGUGCAUCCAGGCUAUGGUUUUCUCUCCGAGCGCAGCGACUUUGCACAGGCUGUAAUCGAUGCGGGUCUUCGAUUCAUUGGUCCAUCGCCCAAGGUGGUGCAGAACAUGGGCGACAAGGUAGCGGCGCGUGUGGCAGCCAUCGAGGCGGGUGUGCCCAUUGUGCCCGGCACAGACGGUCCAGUGACCACCAAAGAGGAAGCUCUGGCCUUUUGCCAAAAGCAUGGACUGCCAGUUAUCUUCAAAGCUGCCUAUGGCGGCGGCGGUCGCGGCAUGCGCGUGGUGCGCAAAAUGGAGGAGGUCGAGGAGAGCUUCCAUCGCGCCAGCUCCGAGGCAAAGGCUGCCUUUGGCAACGGCGCCAUGUUCAUUGAAAAGUUCAUAGAGCGUCCGCGUCACAUCGAAGUGCAACUGCUGGGCGACAAGGCGGGCAAUGUGGUGCAUCUGUAUGAGCGCGACUGCUCCGUGCAGCGUCGUCACCAGAAAGUGGUGGAGAUUGCGCCUGCGCCACGUCUGCCCAUCGAAAUCAGAAACAAAAUGACUGAUGCAGCUGUCCGGCUGGCCAAGCAUGUGGGCUAUGAGAACGCUGGCACUGUGGAGUUCCUCUGCGAUGAGUCUGGCAACUUUUACUUCAUCGAAGUCAACGCCCGACUGCAGGUGGAGCAUACGGUGACGGAGGAGAUUACAGGCAUUGACCUGGUGCAGUCACAAAUUCGCAUUGCCGAGGGCAUGACGCUGCCAGAGUUGGGCUAUACACAGGACAAAAUCCAGCCACGUGGCUAUGCCAUUCAAUGCCGUGUGACCACAGAGGAUCCUGCCAACGACUUCCAGCCCAACACUGGACGUCUGGAGGUGUUCCGUUCCGGCGAGGGCAUGGGCAUACGUCUGGACAGCGCUUCGGCCUACGCAGGUGCCAUAAUCUCACCCUACUAUGACUCGCUGCUGGUCAAGGUUAUUUCGCAUGCCAGCGAUCUGCAGAGCUCCGCCUCGAAAAUGAAUCGCGCACUGCGCGAGUUCCGCAUACGCGGCGUCAAGACUAAUAUUCCCUUCCUGCUCAAUGUGCUGGAAAAUCAGAAGUUCCUGCACGGCGUGCUGGACACCUAUUUCAUCGAUGAGCAUCCACAGCUGUUCAAGUUCCGCACCUCACAGAAUCGCGCACAGAAGCUGCUCAACUAUCUGGGCGAAGUGCUGGUCAAUGGACCACAAACGCCACUGGCCACCGGGCUGAAGCCUGCUACAGUCAGUCCACAUGUACCUGCCACGCCUCUGGACCUAUCCCCGGAAGCCUUAGAACGUGAAGAACGCGGCGAGGCCAAAGUAACGGAACCCCCACAGGGCCUGCGCGACAUUAUUGUGCGCCAAGGACCCGAGGCCUUUGCCAAGGAGGUGCGCUCACGCAAGAACCUCAUGCUGAUGGACACCACCUUCCGCGAUGCGCAUCAAUCGCUGCUGGCAACGCGCGUGCGUUCGCAUGAUCUGCUCAAGAUUUCGCCAUAUGUGGCACACAAGUUCAACAAUCUCUAUGCGCUGGAGAACUGGGGUGGCGCCACCUUCGAUGUGGCUCUCCGGUUUCUGCACGAAUGCCCCUGGGAGCGGCUGGAGGAGAUGCGCAAGCGCAUACCGAAUAUUCCAUUCCAAAUGCUGCUGCGCGGCGCCAACGCCGUCGGCUACACCAGCUACCCCGAUAAUGUCGUCUACAAGUUCUGCGAAUUGGCGGUGCAAACUGGCAUGGAUAUAUUCCGCGUGUUUGACUCGCUCAACUAUCUGCCAAAUCUGAUUCUUGGCAUGGAAGCUGCGGGCAAGGCUGGCGGCGUGGUGGAGGCUGCCAUUUCCUACACUGGCGAUGUCAGCGAUCCCACACGCACCAAGUACGAUCUGAAGUACUACACCAACUUGGCGGACGAACUAGUCAAGGCGGGCACACACGUGCUCUGCAUCAAGGACAUGGCGGGUCUGCUCAAGCCCGAAGCAGCAAGGCUGCUGAUUACUGCCAUUCGCGACAAGCAUCCCGAUAUUCCAAUUCACAUUCACACGCACGAUACCUCAGGCGCUGGUGUGGCUUCCAUGCUGGCCUGCGCUCAGGCAGGCGCUGAUAUUGUGGACGUGGCUGUGGACUCCAUGUCGGGCAUGACAUCGCAGCCCAGCAUGGGCGCUAUAGUGGCUUCGCUGCAGGGCACGCCGCUGGACACCAAGUUCGAUCUGCGCGACGUUUCGGAGUACUCCGCCUACUGGGAGCAGACGCGCACGCUCUACGCGCCCUUCGAGUGCACCACGACCAUGCGCUCGGGCAAUGCUGAUGUCUAUCUGAAUGAGAUUCCUGGUGGACAGUAUACCAAUCUGCAGUUCCAGGCCUUCUCGCUGGGAUUGGGCGACUUCUUUGAGGAUGUCAAGAAGGCGUAUCGUGAGGCGAACUUGUUGCUGGGUGAUAUCAUCAAGGUGACGCCCUCGUCCAAGGUUGUGGGCGAUUUGGCGCAGUUUAUGGUGCAGAACAAUCUGACGGCUGACCAGGUGCUGGAGAAGGCCGAGGAGCUGUCGUUCCCCAAGUCAGUGGUGGAGUAUCUGCAGGGCUCCAUUGGCAUACCACAUGGUGGCUUCCCCGAGCCGCUGCGCUCACGUGUGCUAAAGGACAUGCCGCGCAUUGAAGGACGUCCUGGCGCUGGGCUGGAGCCAUUGGACUUUACCAAGCUGAAGGAGGAGCUGAAGGAGACGCAUGCGCAUAUAACCGAUAGGGAUGUUAUGUCAGCGGCGCUGUAUCCUCAAGUGACCAACGAAUAUUUGCACUUCCGCGAGAAGUUUGGCCCCGUGGACAAGCUGGACACACGCAUCUUCCUCACAGGUCCCAAGGUGGGCGAGGAGUUUGAGGUGACGCUGGAGCGCGGCAAGACACUCAGCUUAAAGGCCAUGGCCAUGGCUGCUGAUCUUAAGUCCAACGGUGAUCGCGAGGUGUUCUUCGAAAUGAACGGACAGCUGCGUACGGUGCACAUACUCGACCAGGAGGCGGUUAAGGAGAUUCAUGUGCAUCCCAAGGCGAACAAGACAGUCAAGAGCGAAGUGGGCGCACCCAUGCCUGGCACUGUCAUCGAUAUACGCGUCGAAGUGGGCGACAAAGUGGAGAAGGGACAGCCGCUGGUGGUGCUCUCGGCCAUGAAAAUGGAGAUGGUGGUGCAGGCGCCUCAGGCGGGCAUUGUCAAGAAGCUGGAGAUAACCAAUGGCAUGAAGUUGGAGGGCGAUGAUCUGAUAAUGAUUAUUGAAUAAAUUCGCUAUUCGUUUGUAUGUGUGUGUGAAUGUGAAUGUGAAUGAAUGUUUAAGUUUAUUUAGCUGUUGUCAAUUGUUUCCAUCAGUCCGUACUGCCAACAAUAACAACAACAACAAGCUAAGCUGAUCAACCACAAUUUCUAUAAUAUAUGUAGUUUACUUUUUGAACAAGUUUACAAAUGUUGUUAGCUGCAAAUCAACGCGCACAAGAGAAAGUCAGAAAAUAAAUCAUAUUGUUUUUUAUAUACGUAUAAACAUUUGUAUUGUAAACGAGCCUUUGCCAAAAUUUCCAUAAUAUGGGAUUGAAUCUUAAUCGAAAACUGUGAGAACUUAAAUAUUAAACUAUUAUCUCUGAAAUAAAUGUUAU